UACUUACACCAGAGCCAGACUUUGGUAGACGAUACAAGAGGGGAACAAGAGUGCACAUUUCCUACGUCCCACAAGAUUUACCUAGACGAGCCAUGUUAUAGUUGAAAGAACGUUUAAUCGGUACUUCGUAGUAGACGAUAUCGACAAGUGGAACGAACGUUUCGCGCGUUCUUUUUUUCUCACCGACUUUCGUAAACCUAAACGCGUGUAUACGAUAAUUCGAUACGAAUAUUGAUAGAAAAAAAUCGGUCGUUUUUGAAUAGUUCGAAUUUAAAGUGCGGUGUUUGUAUUGUGAGUGGUUUUUUAAAAAGUUUGGUUUGUUCGCGUUCUGUACGUCAAGUUACGAUUUAGUUUCACUUAUUUCAUUGGAAUUUAUGAUCGAUUUAAUUUGGAGUGAUCGACGAGCCAAAAGAUGAUCCUGAUACAUCGUCUUGAACAGAUUGGGAGUUGAAAAUCAACCACCGUUGCAGAAAUGUUUGACAUGAAAUCAUUUGCGGUAGAAUUUUCCAUUUUAUCGAUAUGAUACAUAUGUCGGUAACUGUACUAUGGCUGCUUGCAAUAUCAAAAUUAGUUUACGGUUGCCAAUUUUACCCAGCUGGGGAAUAUCUACGUUUUGUCAGGAUACCAGAAAGUAUGCCUGUUGGUCACGAGGUAUUGCAAAUUGAAGUACAUCCUAGAAGGAAUUUGAGCUUGCAACCUGUCGACAAGGCUGAAGAUGUGGAAUACUUUAAAUUUCGAGCAGUGAACCGAAGUGUGGUAUCUGUGAGAUUGUCUAAGCCGCUGGACACAUUGGUAGAUGGUCCGAAUCCUCAGAGCGUUUUGAAAUUCCGAAUGGUUUGCGACUACGAUGACGGAGACGAUACGAUUUCUUCGUAUUUAUCAGUCAGCGUUUACGUAGAGGAUAUAAAUGAUAACGAACCAGUAUUUGUCGACGCACCUUACACGGUAACCGUGGAUGAAAUCACAGCUACAGGUUCGACUAUUUUCAACGAUAUAUUAGCCAGAGAUAAUGAUAAACCUAAUACACCGAAUUCGGAUGUGCAUUAUUCUAUAAUUGGAGGAAACGAACGUGGCAAAUUCUCCAUAGAAGACACGAACCCGGCAUCUUUACUGUUGCGGAAUCCAUUAGAUUACGACGCUGGAGAUACGCACUUCGUAUUAACCAUUUUAGCAUCGGACCGUGGAACACCUCAAAAAAACAAAACCACAACAAUCGCUGUAACCGUUCUGGAUAACGACGAUCUGAUCCCUAAAUUCACCCAGGAAAUGUACAGAACUCAAGUAUUGGAAUUUUAUCCGGCAACGAAUCGCAGAAUCCACCAAGAGUUGAAAUUCAACCCACCUAUUCAAGCACUAGAUCAGGACAUCAGUAUAAAUUCAUCAGUACGAUACGACAUUUCAGCCGGCAACGAUAAAAAUCUUUUCGCCAUAGAUCCCGAUAACGGUACAAUAUUCCUAGAACGAGAAUUAGACUUAGAAGCUCAACCUUCGAGUAUUUUCACGCUGCAGAUUCAAGCUACUCAGACUGAUAACCCUCUGAAAUACGAUACCGCAAAAGUGGAAAUUGAAUUAUUAGACAUAAACGACAAUUUACCGCAGUUUGAAGUAGAUAUUUACAACAUCAGCAUAGUAGAAAACUUACCUAACGGUUUCAGUGUUUUACAAGUUGUCGCUACGGACCAAGACCAAGGUGAUAAUAGUGAUUUCGUGUACCAUUUGGUCGAUCCGAGUCAAGCAUUUAAUAUCGAUGCCAAGAGCGGCUGGCUUUCAGUACGUAAUCAAGCUAAAUUAGACAGAGAACAAAGGUCUAGCCUUUCUAUGAGAGUAUACGCUAAAGAAAAAGUACGCUCUGUACUUGAUACCGUGUCCGAAAUAAGUGAUCCGUAUACUACGGUCGAAGUAACUUUGCUCGAUGCUAAUGACAAUAACCCAAUGUUCCUACCAAGCAAUAUAUACGAUUUUAGUGUUUCUCAAGAUGCCUCGAUUGGUCAGAUAAUCGGAAAAGUUGAAGCAAAAGAUCCAGAUUUAGGUCGCAAUGGACAAGUCAUGUACACAAUACAGAAAGGCGUAAACGCCACUCUCGUCAAUGAUAACUUUUUCGCUGUCGAUCCUCUCCAAGGAACUAUAAAAAUAGCCAAUAAUCCUUUACUAAAGGGGAAACACACGUUAUUCAUAGAAGCAGCCGACCAACCCAUAAAUCCAACAGAACGUAGAUUUUCCCUAGCUGUGGUUACCAUUCAUGUAAUAUCAUCUGACGAAAACCAUCACCCUGAAUUUAUCGGAGCUCCUUAUGAAUUUUGGGUCGGUAAUGAUGCUCCUGUUGGAACGAGUAUUGGGCAAAUUCGAGUCGAAGGAAACAUUGAAAAAGAGAAAGUUCUUUAUGAUCUAUUGCACGGGUAUCACGAAGGAGUUCCUUUUGCUGUUGAAGAAAGAUCAGGCACAAUCAGUGUCGUAGACGAAAUGAAUAAAUUCGACCGAACAGUGUAUAAUUUCGAAGCAGUGGCCACAAAUGAUAAAUCAUUAUCAUUGAGUGCCAAUGUAACAGUACACGUGGUGGAAUCCGAUGCUUCUGCAGUCAACAGGAAUAACGAACCAGUCAUGUUUGUAUUUCGUGUUCGAGAAAAUCAAGCUGGCGCGAUGGUAGGUCAGUUGAUAAAAAAGAAUAACGGGCGUCGUAUUCAAAACCAUUUCGACUCAGUUAUGGGACAGAGAAAUCAAAAGUUCGUUAUUGUAAAUCAACUCGAAGUUCAGAAUAAAUUCGCUAUAUCUCAAGAUGGAACAAUUUACACUCAACAACCACUAGACAGAGAAGAAAGAUCUAAUUAUCAAUUGACAAUUAUCGCCGAAUCGGGGAAACGAGUGAUCAGAAGUUUAUUCCACGUAAACAUCACAGUUGAAGAUGAAAAUGAUAAUCCACCCGUAUUCGAACGUCAAUGGUAUGAAGGCCGAGUAGAAGAGAAUGCUUCACCAGGAACAGAAGUCCAGCUAGAGGUCCCAUUAAAAAUCACUGACGCAGAUGCCGGUCCUAAUGCUAUCUUUAUUGUCGCAGUCAAAGGAAACGGAAGCGAGGCAUUCAUGAUCGAUCAAAAAACUCAUAAAAUAACAGUUCGAGAUGGUACCAUGUUAGAUCGUGAAACUAAGGACACCUACAAUCUGAGACUAAUCGCCAAAGAUAGAGGUAAUCUCAGUAGCGAAGCAAAACUCACCAUUCGAAUCGACGACAUCAACGAUCACACUCCUAGAUUCGUUCAAAUGGUCAUCCAUCACAGAGAAGGUAUCGAUAUAUCGCCAUCGUCACGCAACAAACAUCGCGGAUCCUCUAAAAACCACACAGAUUCCCAUUCACCAAAAGAUCUACCUAUCGUAAUCGUACCUGAAACCACUGCCAUCGGAAUAUCCAUCAUUCGUCUGCGAGCUGCCGACGAAGACAUCGAUAACAACGCAGCCGUCUCAUAUCGAAUUCUCAGCGAAACGUAUAUUCCAGAAUCAGGAACCGUGUCCAAAGCAUACACGACUCCUCAUUUCACCAUUCAUCCCAUUAGUGGCGAAGUCAGCGUGGCCAGUGUCCUUCCUCCUGAAACAGAUUUCAUUUUGAAUAUUAGUGCCACAGAUAAAGGAGGGCUGGAAGGACGAACCUCGAUUAAAAUUCACAUAAAAGAUGUUAAUAAUCACGCUCCUCAUUUCGAAAAAGCCUGGUAUGAUUUUUCAAUACCCGAAGGCGUAUAUCACGAGCAUACUCUUGGUCAAAUUCAAGCUACCGAUGAUGAUUUCGGUAUCAAUGGCAAUAUCAGUUAUUCCAUUGUGCAAAAAAGGGACACUAGUUCUGAUUUUCCGUUCAAGAUGUUAUCAGAUGGGUCUCUUAUGGUGGAUGGUGAAUUGGAUAGGGAAUUUCAAGAAUUUUAUACGUUUAGAAUCGUUGCCGAAGAUAGAGGUGAAAAGCCUCAUCGUACGACGGUCGACGUUGAUGUCAGGAUUUCCGAUUUGAAUGAUAAUUAUCCUGUGUUUUACAAUUAUGAUAAAAUUAUUCAAGUCCAAAGCGGAGACUUUGACGAUAAAAUGUUCGUUAAAAAAGUACUCGCCAGAAAAGAUUUCCUAAUACCAGUCUAUUACGCUUCGGUUCUGGAAAACAACGGAUCUGGUGUACCUAUAGCUCGAGUCUACGCCAACGAUUCAGAUUUACAAGCCAAUGGAAACGGAUUGGUUUUAUUCCACAUACCAAGAAAACGCAACCAAAGAGAAUUAUUCACUAUUGAUUCCAAAGAAGGUGUAAUUACAACGUUGAAUUCGUUGGAUUACGAAGAAGAACCGGUCCAUAACAUCACCGUUUUAGCUUCCGAUUUGGGUAAACCUAGUUUAACGUCUACGGCUCUAGUCAUUGUUGAUGUCGUAGAUGUCCAAGAACCCGUCGAAGAAUUAUCUAGUCCAAUAUUUGCUCAUAGGUAUUAUGAAAUGGAGGUUGAAGAAAAUUGUGCCAUACCAAUAAAUCUUUUAGCUUUGAACGUUAGCGCCGAAUACAGUAAUAAAAGAUUUGGAAGCUUGCGAUUCGGACUCAUACCUGAUGAGCAUAGCUCUUAUUUUAGUGUCAAUACCGUCAACGGAAGUGUACAUUUGAUUAAAAGCCCUGAUCGAGAAUUAACUCCAACCUUAAAAGCUAAGAUUCGCGUCGAUCGUUUGUCGAAAAAGGGCAAAAGUGUACAAAUGAUUUAUCCCAUGCAAUCGGAUGCAUUUGUGGAUUUAGCACCAAAUGAAGUUAAAUUAAUUGUUCAUGUUUUGGAUGAAAAUGAUAAUUCACCAAAAUUCAAGACCAACGGACGUCCUAUAGUGGCUGCUAUUCCAAAUGGCGUUCCUUAUGGCCACCCAGUCACCAAAAUUCAAGCCACAGAUGACGAUAUUGGUUUAAACGCUGACAUCAGAUACCAAAUAUUGAGCAGAAGCGACGAUGAUACGCAUAAAUUCAUCAUCGAUCCUAUUUCUGGUCAGAUAAAAACUGCCACUAGUUUUCUAUAUAAUUUAGGUCACGUUUUCGGAUUCGAUGUGAAAGCAACCGAUAGAGCAGGUGGAGAAGACGGGAAAUCGGCUAUUUCUAAUGUUUUCGUGUUUAUUAUUAGCGAUUUAGAUAAAAUUAUCAUGACAGUAGAUAAGAAACCUGAAGAAGUAGAAAAUAAAAUACAAAAUGUCACUCAUAUUUUAUCUGGAAUCAGUGGCUUAGAUAUAAAAGUUAGAAAAAUAGAACCACAUUAUGACAAAGAAUCACAGAACGUCAUUGCGACUGAUUUAUAUUUAUACGCUGUAGAUACUUUGAUGAAUUCUAUUAUAGAUAACGAAAUAGUCAGCCAAUCCCUUAAAGAUAAAGAAUUAGAAGUAAAAUCAGCCCUGGAACCGAUAAAAGUAUUGUCUUUAACUUCAACGACUGAAAAUGAAAUCCGAUCACAACGAAGUGAAAAAACAAUACUUUCUGGUAUCGAAGCCAUGACAAUCAUAUUAGGCUGUGUAAUAUUUUUGGGCGCAUUUACAGCAGCAAUCUGCGUAGCAUGUUUCAAUCGAAAAAAAUCAAAGUACAAAAAAACAACAAAUUUGUUUUCCAACUUGGACCCAGCUGAUUUGCCAUUCAGUUUAUACACGGGUACCAAAAGUAUGACUCAGUUGUCAGCGUGCCGUCCUCGGUCUUUAUUCAAUCCACUUUCAUUUAUCGAAGACUCUACAGAUAGCUAUACAGAUACAGAAUGCCAUCGACGCAGGAUGAGCUAUCGACAUAAUCCAUCGUGUACUCGUAACCACGACAGUAAAUGUCCACAGCAGUCGCUGAUGAGAUCGCAUAGUUUGGGGAUGCUGGGAGCAUCUAUGGUUUCGUUACAUUCCAGUGGUCGAGAUUCUGGAAUUGAAGCGCAUAAUAGACGUGUCAGUGCCAGAUGCCAGUGUAGACAUGGGGCAGUAUUUUCAUCGGGGAACAGUAGCAAUGGAAGCUACGAAGAUUCUUUAAAAUCACUGCAGCCUAAUCACACCAGCAGCAGUGAUGAAGCAAAAAAUGGUACGAGUAGACUGUUACGAAAUGAUCGUAAUCAUUUUUCAAGACUGCCUCGAGUAAGGCACUCGAUAUCGCGUGUAAAUACUUAAAUUUUAUUAUUUGUCCUGUAGAAAUUACCUACCAUAAACUUUCCUUUGUAAAUAAUCGAUCGUUGUUCACUUUGUUUCUUGUUUUUUGUUUCCAAAUAUAUUUUAUUGAUUCGUUUA